CAACAACAAAAAUAGAAAUUAAAGAUAAAAGCCACGUGGGGAAGCCAGCUUCACCACACACUCACCGAUGGCUCUUAGAGAGGAAAUGGUCGCAUCUUGUGUGACCAGAUUCCUUUUUUUCCCCUUGUUCUUUAAAAAAAAAAAAAAAUCCCUCCAGCGACAAACAGACUACCAGUGCGAGCAGAAACCGGUUCUAAUCUGAGUGACCACUGUUUCUCGGCGCUUCCUGGCUGCAUUUGAUCCGGGGGAGAGUUAGAAGCCUUAAAUGUGUUGUGAGGGCACCGAGCUGUCAGACCUUUUGGCGAGUAAGAUUGAUCGCGCACAGGCUUCCAGGACUCUUUGUUUGGUAUAUAAGCAACAAACUGAGAGAGAGGCCUUCCACUUCUUCUCCUUCUCCACUUCCCCUCUUCUCACUCAAUAAGCCACAUACAGAUAUAUAUUUUGUGAACGAAAAUACCCCACGUACUGCCGGACGAAUAAUAAUAAUAAUAAAAAACAGGGAACAACUUCCUGAAUGUGGCUUUUACAGAUUCUUCUAGAAGAGCCAUAUGAAACUGAACACGAGCAAGGGAAGAGAGCAGCUCAAUAGCAUUCCCAUCAGCAUAAUAACGCUGGCAAAUAGAUUUCGUUGUAAAAAGGUCGAUUGUAACAGUGUUUAUGCUUGCUCCAUGACCAUUUCAGGUAGGAAGGAUAAUAGAAAUACAUUGAGAAGCUCAUUCCCUCCUCCCCCCCACAAGCAAGUGUGGCAAUGUCCGUCCAAUAAAUCUUUGCUUUAUGCAGCCUUGUGGCUUUGCGCUCCUGACAUGAAAACAAAACUAUUUCCAACGCUGCUUUUAAAGGAAUGCAGUAAUCGUGGCUGCUUUGAGUCAUCAAAAGAGAUUCUGUUUCAUCUCGGAUUUAUGAGCUCGACGUUUUAGUGGAAUGAACAAAAAAUGUGCCUUAAUGCUACUGUCACAUGGCUCCAAAUACUACACUCCUAUCAACGUCUUUUAAAGGUCUAUUUAAGGUUUGUCCAUUCUUGUUUUGGUUUAGCCCCUGAUAUACGCCGAAAACCGAAGUUAUUUUUUAAGGUAUCGGUUCCGUCCAGAUUUUUUUUUUUAUAAACAAAUAUUUUUGAAAUUUAGGCUAGGUUAGCCCAUUUGAUCAACCCCCCUCCCCAUCACAUUUCAACCUCAUUUAAUUAAGCAUUUCUGUCCAUCUUUCACUUUUCAGAACAUUGUCUUAUUCUUCAGAUGAUUUCUUUGUCUAUUCAAAAAAAAAGGUAAUCAAAACCAUUUUAACUGUAACAGGCGUCUUUUCACGUCUGACUUUUCAGCUGCAUAUUUAUGCUGUUUAGAUGGUAAACCAUGGCAUCUGUUAUGUAUUUGUCCACGAGUUUGACCAUUUAUAACCCAGAACCUUUCACUUCUCGACCACAUUUCCACGUUGUUUAGAUACAAGGUGACACAUUCUUUAUUUUAGCCAUUUAACCAUGUUUCCAAUAUAGUUUUGAUUCUAAGUGUCAUUGUGUAGGACUAUCUAGAAGUGGAAGGCAGAUAUGUAUUUUAUUUUUCUGUGCAAUGGUAAUGUGCUCGGCGUAAAGGGUUGACUGUGUUAACAGAAGUGUACAACAUAGUUUCGUCUUUUUUAAACACCACCGGGUCAUUGUCCAAGAAAAUAAUCCGAAGUUAACAGAGCCCAGCAAAACGUCUUGGAGUGGGCGGUCUUUUCGUAUUUCGUCUUGUUUAGACUGGAAGGCAACACGACCUGAUGUCUAAUAAACGAAGCUUUGCUCCGAAAAACAAAAGAAAAGAAAAAGUUGACUAUUUGAACUAAAUUUGGGUUAUAGGUUUGUCUUUGUAUCAAACGACGGUGACAGAUUGAGAAAAGUGAACGUCUUGUAUCAGUGAGCAUUCUUUGCCCCUCACCUGAACCAGUUAAAAUUAACCACAUUCUCACUUCACUCAAUUACAAUUCAACGAAACUUUGCUUCGUGGAAUAAUUGGGACAUUUCCUCAUUUGCCAAAAAAAAAGAAAGAAAGAAAGAACAAAAAGUUGACAAAGUUUAGAUGUUCUCAUAAUAAAUGGCCAUAUUUGUCAUUUUUGUCAAAUCAUAUGGAUUUAGAUAUGGUUAGUUUUACAGCUUUAAUUAAUGGUUAGCAACGUUCUAAUUACAACACUCUUAAGUUUUGAAGUUUAUUUUUCACCCCCAGAGCUUAAAUAUGAAGAGCUACUAGGGUGAAAUGUGUGUCUGUGUGUGUGUGCGUGUGUGUGUGUGCGUGUGUGUGUGUGUGUGUGUGUGUGUGUGUGUGUGUGUGUGUGUGUGUGUGCUUUGUGAUGUAUGCGUGUGUGUGAGUGGUGGGGGCGUUCUCGACUGACAUCCUUAAACAAUACGAGAAAGAGGAGUGCACGAAUCCGCGCACCCUGAGCUGGUCUCCUUCCCUGUAAUAGAGAGCGUCAGGCGCUUCUUAAAAAACACAUUUUGUGGCUUAGUGGACUGGACUGGAGGAGCGAGGCGAGGACGAGCUGAGCGGACAGAGAUGUAAAUAAAAACAGUCGUGCAUGGCCCAGCUGAGCGAGGACUUUUUUUUUUUUUUUUUUUUUUUUUUCCUUUUGGAUCAAUCAGGCAGAGAGUGGCUUCUUUUGAUUAAGCCCCAAAUUGUCAUUGGGCAGAGGUAAUCAUGUGACAGGCAAUUCGGUCCAAUUUCAACCUUGUCUCCAUGAAUUCUAUAGUUUAAUGGUAGCUCGGUCCCCAUACGGCCGUAAUCACUGAAAUAGAAAAAAAAACACAUCAGGGGAUUUUUCUUUUAAAUAUAUAUUUCUUUUUUUUUCCUUCUUCAUCGUCCUCACUGAGCCGCAACGUUUAUAAAAAUACGGCGCUGCAAACUUUCCUCGGCUCUCAGGGAGCGGAGAUGAAUUACGAAUUCGAGCGAGAGAGCGGUUUUAUCAAUAGUCAGCCGUCGCUUGCUGAGUGCCUGACAUCUUUCCCCCCUGUCGCUGAUUCAUUUCAAAGUUCAUCAAUCAAGAGCUCGACGCUUUCACGCCCGACACUGAUUCCUCCUCCCUUCGAACAGACCAUCCCCAGCCUGAACCCGGGCAGCCAUCCGCGGCACGGUCGGCCCAGACACAGCCCUGAUGGCUGCAGCCCGCUGCCUACCGCCUCCUUACCCCCGGAGUACCCGUGGAUGCGGGAGAAGAAAGCCUCCAAGAGGAACCACCAGCUGCCGAACUCCACCACCGCCGCUACCGCCGCCACCGCCAUCUCCAACGGACCCGUGUGCUUCUCUCCGAAAGGUUCGCCUGAGAUCGUGGAGGGAGCGGGUGGAGGAGGGGGCUCCCGCAGGCUGAGGACAGCAUACACCAACACGCAGCUGCUGGAGCUGGAGAAGGAGUUCCACUUCAACAAGUAUCUGUGUCGACCGAGGCGGGUGGAGAUCGCGGCCCUGCUGGAUCUGACCGAGAGACAGGUCAAGGUGUGGUUCCAGAACCGGCGCAUGAAGCACAAGCGCCAGACUCAGACCAAGGAGAACCACGGAGGGGGAGACGCGAAGGGCCCUGGAGCCGACGACGGCAUCCACAGCGAGGAGGACGAGGAAGGGAGCGGCCUGCUGUACGAGCAGAGUGGGCCCCUCCUGGAGAGAGAUACCUGCUCCUUUCAGAACAACACACAGCAGCAGCCGCAGCAGCAGCAGCUUCACAAUAAUGGAGAGGCGGCAAGCUAUGACAAAAAUCUGAAACAUUUUCCCAACCCGUCACCCACUGUUCCGGGCUGUAUGUCAACAAUGGGCCCCGGAUCGGCAUCUGGGCCGGACAAUGGCGACAGCCCCUCAGCCCUGGAUGUUUCUUUGCACGACUUUCAGCCUUUCUCCUCGGAUUCCUGCCUGCAGCUCUCGGACACAGCCUCGCCGAGCUUGUCGGAGUCUCUGGAUAGCCCCGUGGACAUUUCCGCGGACACUUUCUAUUUUUUCUCGGAGUCUCUGACCACAAUCGACUUGCAGCAUCUGAACUAUUAACUCAGAAACAAACAAACAAAAAAAUACUUCACAUUUCCCCUGUAUGUGUUUGUGUGUGUGUGUAUGAGAAAGAGAGAGAGAGAAUGUGUGUAUGAAAUCAGGCUACGAAGGCAUUAAUUCAUAUUGUUUGUAUGUGCGGCACAUUUAUUUUCUUGAUAUUUGACUUGACGAUUAAUACAAGGUAAGGACUGAACUAAAUCACUGAAAUAGCUCUGCUUAUAGCUUAAUUACCAUAACAACUUGAUCACUUGGAAUAGAAAUUACAAGUGUGUGGGUGUAAGAGGGAAAGUGUGUGUGUGUGUGUGUGUGUGUGUGUGUGUAAGAGAGAAAGUAAUCUAACAGUGUUAGGUCAAUACGGAACCGGGUCGUUUUUUAUUUUUGUAUAGUUUUCUUGGAUAUUUUUGUUAGAAUACAAACUAACUUGCUACAAUCCUU